AUGCCUUCUCCACUGGUACCGGAGACGGUGGUGAACCACCGAUUCGCGGCGUUUUUAAUCUGGCAAUCCAUUCCUUCAUCGGCUAUCUUCCUCUUCUUCAAUCUUCUCCUCUUCUUCACUUCCUCAGUCGUUUCCUUUUUGCUCACUUUCCUCGUCUUCCAGGCCUCGCAGCUUCUCUUCUCCGUCUCACUCGCUCUCCUCUCUUCCCUGACCCCGGAUUCUCCUCUCUACCCUCUCCAAUUCGGUAUCGGCCUCCUCCGUAACUUCUCGGAUCCGGAGUUUCGCCGCCGCGCUCGCGUGUCCUUGCGCAUCGCGCUCUUCGUCUCCGCCACUUCCCUAGCUGGAUUCUGCUCGACGGCUGUGUUUUGCUUGUCCAGCGAUUCGUACGGAGCGAUUGGAAGAAUAGGGUUUAGGGGAUUUGUGACUGGAUUGCUUUACGCCGUGCUUUUCGUCCUCAAGCAGCGAUGGGUCUUGGAGUUUCCCAUCAUUCAGCGUCCACCGUUCUUCAGCUUCAAAAUCGGUCUCCCCUCAGCUCUGACGCAAGCUCUGAAGCUAUCAGGCGUGCUGUAUGUGCUGUCGACGAUAAUGCUAUUGUUUCUGCUUGACUGGUCCGGUGGGCUUGUUUCCGUAUCGAGAUUCUUGGGUGAGCAGGUCUUAACUUACGCCGGCAGUUUCUGUUUGAUUCUCUCUUGGGAAGUGACUCACCAUAUACAUCAGGUUCUGCACACAAAGCGAUUCGCUUUUGCUCCUCCAAAAGGAUCCGCUGCAGCAGAAACGAAUCCAAGCGAACCUCUUCUCGCUGCAUUAGAGGGUAGUAGUCCAGGUUCCCUCGAGCAGUCUCUUGCAUACCUUGAUCUCUACACGGUUUCUCAGAACAACGUCGACACAUGGCGUCGUGCUGCCUUCUUCGAGGAGUCCAGCGAGACUUACAAAAGAGUAAUCACUCUAUGCUUGAGACCUUUACAAGAGCUUGCCUCCAAGUUAUCUUCUGGGCUAGACCACACAACCUUCACUGAAAAAGGCUACCAGACACCACCACAGACCCCAACCGAGUCCUACAUCGAUCCUAAAUUCGGCGAAUCACUCAAGUCUUUCCAGCUAUAUGCAUGGUGUGCUCAAACAACAGCAUCCCUGACUUCAAUCUCCCACAAGGAAGACAGACUCGGAGUAGCACAACUCUCCGGUGGAAACGCAGACGUUGUCUCAACGCUUCUAUCUCUCUUGCUAGCUGUUGAGACGUUUUUGGGGAAGAAGACUAAUCUGCAGUCUCCUCAACAGCUGAUGGGACCUGCUAAUAUCAAAUGGGCGACCUCGGGGAUGGUUCGUAAAGACGUCAAGCCCGUCGUCAAAAGGAGAAGCGGGGCGCUUUACUCUUACGCCUACGCGGCUUCAGACGUUUUGAGGAUAUCGAUAUACCAGAUCCUGUCUACGUUCCGCGAUGAGAUGCUCAACAGCGACAAAACCGGAAUUCUUGGGAGAGAUUGGAUUGGGAGCAAGAAACCGCCUUUUGGUACGAAUGAGAUGUUGCUUCAGAAGCUUAAGCUCUUCCUCGACUUCCAAGCUUGA